UGAGGUGAUUCAGCUUCUUCCUUAUUUCAGCGGCCGCCUCCUCCCGGGGACCCCCAUGAAGCAAACGGCUUUCCUGAGCCUGCUGGCUUUGGCGCUGCUAGGGACAGGGACUGCCUCUCUCCCGAAGGAGAGGAAGAGGAGAGAUCCGGCCGGGGAAGGCGAUGCUUACGGGCUCCUGGGCAAUUAUGUCCUGGGCCUGGACAACUACGAUGAGGUCAUUGACCUGAGCGACUAUGAGGGGCUCACAGACUAUGGGGACCAGCUCCCCGAGGUCAAAGUGACCAGCCCGGCUCCUCCAACCAGGGUCGGUUCCGCUCAGAGCACAGUGACUCCGAGGACACUCUCCUCCAAGCCCCCAAUGAACAGGCUUACGAAACUGGGCCUCCUGGACUCCCCAGGCAGCCAUGGCCUGCCCACCUGUCUGGUCUGCGUGUGCCUUGGUUCCUCUGUGUACUGUGACGAUGCCGACCUAGAGAGCAUCCCUCCUCUUCCCAAGACAACCGCUUACCUGUACGCCCGCUUCAACCGCAUCCGCCAGAUCCGAGCCGGAGACUUCAAAGGGCUGACAAAACUGAAGCGGAUCAACCUUUCCAGCAAUUCUAUCUCCUCCAUUGAUGACGACGCCCUCCGGCUGCUGCCUGAGCUGCAGGAUCUGAUCCUUCCAGAAAACCAGCUGGGGGCUCUGCCUGCGCUGCCCGCCAGCCUCGAGGUCCUGGACGUCCGCCAGAACCAGCUCCGGAGCUCGGGGAUACAGCCUGGAGCCUUCAGGGCGCUAGAGAAGCUGCAGUUCCUCUACCUGGCUGACAAUCUUCUGGGCUCCAUUCCCGGGCCUCUGCCUCUGAGCCUGCGCUCGCUGCACUUGCAGAAUAACAUGAUAGAGACCAUGCAGAGCGAUGCCUUCUGUGACACCGAGGAGCACAAACACAGCCGGAGGCAGCUGGAGGACAUCCGUCUGGAUGGCAAUCCCAUCAACCUGGGCCUCUUCCCCAGCGCCUACUUCUGCCUGCCUCGGCUCCCCAUCGGCCGCUGCUGCUAGCUCGCCUGCUCCGCACACGCGGCGAGCAGCCCUCACCCUCCCAAAGCACGACUGCCUCUGCACGGUGGUCUUCCAUUCAGCCAGGAACCAUUUGCAAAACUCACCCCUACUCCCUUCAGCCACCUUCUAUAUGCAUGCACGCGCGCACACACACACACACACACACACACACACACACACACAGACAUACGUAUACACAAUCGAUACACACACACAGAAACACGUGCACACACACACAUAUGCACACACACACACUCACUCGCGUGCAUAAAUGUCCUUUAGUAGCCAAAUUUGCAUUUCUCAUCCUCUUUGCUUAACACCUAUGUCUCCUGACUCAGAGAAGAUUAGCAUCUGCAGCAAAGCUCCGAGAGAGUCCCCAUCCCUCCUACCUACAGGGAAUGCCGGGAAGUCAUGGAAGAGGAAGAGAAAGGGGAGAAAUAGAAGGAGGAAGGGGGAGAAGCAGUGGCAUGCUUUAGUCAGCUCUUACUACUAGGUUCGCAGCACCAAUUAUUACAUUUUCCAGAAUUUUGUAAGCUGUAUUGCUUCUCGGCCUUUUGGCUAAGAUCAAGUGUAGGAUUUCUGCAAGCCGUUCGUUAACCACAGCUUUUAUUAAAGAUUAAAUUACAAGUUCGCAUUUAAAUACAUUACAUUGAAAAUAAAUGCAAUAAAUACUCAAACUCAUUCCUUUCCAAUUAGUUUACUAUAUUUUACUCGUAACCACGUUCUUGAGCUUAUGUCUAUGACA